AUGACUAUUGAACAAAUUAAACAAGAUAAACAAAGAGAUAUUGAUCUUAUGGAAAAGGAAGAUCUACAAAUAGACAAUGAAAUAAUUAGUCGUAAAAAUUACUGGCUUAGAUCAGGAUCAUCUAAUUCUGAAAGCAAUGACUAUCGGCUUAGAUCAGGAUCCUCUGAUUCUGAAAACAAUGACUGCUGGAUCAGUUCGAGAUCCUCUGAUUCUGAAAGCAACGAGUCAAACUAUUCUCAACAAAAUCCAUCUAAUCAACAACCAGUACAUCAGAGGAUGCUAAAAUACAUAGAUGCAAUAAAUAUGCCUGAACAUCUUAGAGAAGCUUUAAGG